UCUAAAUUUUUCUUCCAAAAACAUUUGAAAAUUUUCUGAAAGAUUAUUACCAAAAAAAAUAAACGUUUAUUUCCAUAAAACAAUUUAAAAUGGCUUCUCUUACGCGUGCUAUGAUGUUAAUGGCAAUUUUUGCAUCAUUUGCCUCCGUUGCGUAUUGUAUUGCUGGAACUGCUACAUAUUACACUGUCUAUAAACCAUCAUCAUGUUAUGGUAAUGAAGACCAAGGGACAAUGAUAGCAGCCGUAAGUUCAGACAUUUUCCAAAAUAAGCAAGCCUGCGGUCAUAUGUACCGUGUUACAUGCACCGGAGCAAAUUGUCGUGGUGGUAGUGUUACUGUCAAAGUUGUGGAUCUUUGUCCUGGUUGCUCAGCUAAUGGCUUUGACCUCUCUCAAGAAGCCUUCUCCGCCAUCGCCGACAUUAACGCUGGUAGAAUUAGCAUCGACUACACCCCGGCUUGAAGCACGAAGUUAAAAGAUCUGAUCUCACCGCUCCGUACGAACGGAGGGACACCAAAUGUACUUUUUCUUAAAUUUAUGCAAAUAAAAAUAAUACGAGUAAUAAUUGUGAUAAUUAGUGUGUAUUUCGGGCGAUGCUCCGAGUUACUAGUUUGUGUACUUUUAAUUUAAUAAUAAUAAUUAUGUUCGACUA